GCCCCUCCCGCCCCGCGCAACCAAGCCGUUCCCGCCCUCGCACAGAGCCCAGGUAGCUGCGAGGAAACUUUUGCAGCGGCUGGGUGGCCUCCUUCUCCCGCUCCUCACUGAGCUACUGCCGGGCUCGCUGCGUCCCGGGUCUGCUCUCGACCCCGCUGCUGCCACUCUCCCGCGCCCCUCGCUCCUACGCGCUGCAGGAUGGCCGGCACCGUGCGCACCGCGUGCUUGGCGGUGGCGAUGCUGCUCAGCUUGGACUGCCCGGGACAGGCGCAGCCCCCGCCACCGCCGCCGGACGCCACCUGUCACCAGGUCCGCUCUUUCUUCCAGAGACUGCAGCCCGGACUCAAGUGGGUGCCCGAGACCCCCGUGCCAGGAUCAGAUUUGCAAGUAUGUCUCCCCAAGGGCCCAACAUGCUGCUCCAGAAAGAUGGAAGAAAAAUACCAACUAACAGCACGAUUGAACAUGGAACAACUGCUUCAGUCUGCAAGUAUGGAACUCAAGUUCUUAAUUAUUCAGAAUGCUGCGGUUUUCCAAGAGGCCUUUGAAAUUGUUGUUCGCCAUGCCAAGAACUACACCAAUGCCAUGUUCAAGAACAACUAUCCAAGCCUGACUCCGCAAGCUUUUGAGUUUGUGGGCGAAUUUUUCACAGAUGUGUCUCUCUACAUUCUGGGUUCUGACAUCAAUGUAGACGACAUGGUCAAUGAAUUAUUUGAUAGUCUGUUUCCAGUCAUCUAUACUCAACUCAUGAACCCAGGCCUGCCUGAGUCAGCUUUGGACAUCAAUGAGUGCCUCCGAGGGGCAAGACGUGACCUGAAAGUAUUUGGGAAUUUCCCCAAACUUAUUAUGACCCAGGUUUCCAAGUCACUGCAAGUCACUAGGAUCUUCCUCCAGGCUCUGAAUCUUGGGAUUGAAGUGAUCAACACCACCGAUCAUCUGAAGUUCAGCAAGGACUGUGGCCGAAUGCUCACGAGAAUGUGGUACUGCUCGUACUGCCAGGGACUGAUGAUGGUUAAGCCUUGUGGUGGUUACUGCAAUGUGGUCAUGCAAGGCUGCAUGGCAGGUGUCGUAGAGAUUGACAAGUACUGGAGGGAAUACAUUCUGUCUCUCGAAGAACUGGUGAACGGUAUGUACAGAAUCUAUGACAUGGAGGACGUGCUGCUCGGUCUCUUCUCAAUGAUCCAUGAUUCCAUCCAGUACGUCCAGAAGAAUGGAGGGAAGCUGACCACCACUAUUGGCAAGUUAUGUGCCCAUUCUCAACCACGCCAAUAUAGGUCUGCUUAUUAUCCUGAAGAUCUGUUUAUUGACAAGAAAGUAUUAAAAGUUGCUCAUGUAGAACAUGAAGAAACCUUAUUCAGCCGAAGAAGGGAACUGAUUCAGAAGUUGAAAUCUUUCAUCAGCCUCUACACUGCUUUGCCAGGCUACAUCUGCAGCCAUAGCCCUGUGGCCGAAAAUGACACCCUUUGCUGGAAUGGACAGGAACUUGUGGAGAGAUACAGCCAAAAGGCAGCAAGGAAUGGAAUGAAGAAUCAGUUCAACCUCCAUGAGCUGAAAAUGAAGGGCCCUGAACCAGUAGUCAGUCAAAUUAUUGACAAACUGAAGCACAUUAAUCAGCUCCUGAGAACCAUGUCUGUGCCCAAAGGUCAGGUUCUGGAUAAGACCCUGGAUGAGGAAGGGCUUGGAAGUGGAGACUGUGGCGAUGAUGAAGAUGAGUGUAUUGGAGGCUCUGGAGAUGGGGUGAUGAAAGUCAAGAACCAGCUCCGCUUCCUUGCAGAGCUGGCUUAUGAUCUGGAUGUAGAGGACACGCCUGGAAGCAAGCAACAGGGAAAUCAUAAGGACAACGAAAUUGCCGCCUCUCACAACGUCGGGAAUGGGCAUUCCCCGCUGAAGGUUCUAACCAGCCUGGUGGUCUACGUGGUGUGUUUUUUCUUCUUGGUGCACUGACUGCCUAGUGCGCGACCCUUUUGCUGCCUGUCAGCACCCUGUGGUCUUCCUCUAUAAAGGGAACCACCUUCUUAUUUUUUUAUCUUAUAUACCUCCUUCAGCCAUUCAGUAGAGAACUAACCAUCAGUUAUGUUUUCAAAAAUCCAAUGGUAUCUUUAUGAGGAAGGUAAAUUUUAGUGGUAGUAUAGAUUGUCUUUUUGCAAAGAAAAAAAACAUCAAGUUGUGCCAAAUUAUUUUCCUAUGUUUGGCUGGUAGAACAUGCUUACCAUGUCUCUCUCUUUCCCUUUCUCUUUGCAUGGAUUUCUUUGGAAAAAAAUAAAUAAAUAAAUGCUCAAAUAAAAA